CCCUCCACAAGGUAUAUUCACGGCCCACCCUUCAACAUGGCUCUUUCCCUUCCUUCACAUUCAGUCAAUUGCUUCUUCGGGGCACACACCUUCUUUUCUCUUCUGUCUCUCGUUCCUUUUCGUUUUCCACCACUUCUAUUCGCAUCAUGAGGUUUUUGUUCUCACUCGGAGCUGUGCUCCUUCCUUUUAUUGCCUCGACCGCUGGCGGCAUCGAAUUCGAUCCUGAGGAUGAAGCGUCUAUUCGCAGCGCCACGCGACAGUAUGCCAAUGGCUUGAUGUCUCUCUACGAAGGCGACGCCUCGGGCACAGCUGUAGAGAACAUUGGAAUUUGGCCUCAGCCUCACUACUGGUGGGAGGGAGGAGCUGCGUGGGGCGGAAUGAUCGAGUACAGCCAAGUCUCGGGUGACGAUUCGCACGUCAAAGCCCUGCAACAGGCCCUGUCUGCCAACUACGGGCCUGACAAUGACUUCAUCUUGUCGUACCGGAAAAGUCAGACUGGCAAUGAUGAUCAGGCUUUCUGGGCCCUAGCGGUCAUGUCUGCGCUUGAACAUUCGUUUCCGGACCCCGAACAAGCGCCCUCGGCCUACAUGAACGUUGCUGUAAACGCCUUCAAUAACAUUGUUGGACGAUGGGACACUACAACCUGCGAUGGAGGUCUCAAGUGGCAAAUUUACCCCGAGAAUGCGUACGGAUACAACUACAAGAACUCAAUCUCCAACGGAUGUGCCUUUGCACUUGGCGCUCGCCUGGCCCGAUACACUGGCAACCAGACAUACGCGGACUGGGCGGAGAAGAUCUACGACUGGACGAAGAGUGUUGGGUUGAUCACGGACAUCUACGAGGUUUUCGAUGGAACUGAUGACAAGACAAACUGUGCUUCCGUUUCCGACAAGACCCAAUGGACCUACAACAAUGCCAUGUUUUUACACGGGUCGGCCUUCAUGUACGAUUACACCAACGGUGGUAGCGUAUGGAAAGAAAGAACAUCAGGCUUCCUGGAUCAUGCCGAGCUACUUUUCUUCAAGCCGUUCGAAAACUCCACGGACAUCAUGUACGAAUGGGCCUGCGAGACUGGAGAGUCGGGACGCCACUGCAACCUCGACCAGCAGUCGUUCAAGGCCUACCUUUCUCGCUUCAUGGCUAAGACGGCAAUGAUGGCCCCGUUCACCAAGGAUACCAUCACCAAGUACUUGAAAGCCUCUGCAAUCGGAGCCGCCAAGUCUUGUUCGGGUGGCGCAGAUGGAGCGACUUGUGGUUCAAAAUGGUACACAGGCGCCUGGGAUGGCAUGUCUGGUGUUGGUCAACAGCUUGCUGCUUUGGAAGUCACUCAAGCUCUUCUCAUGCUGAAGCAAAACUUCGUCCCUGCCAAGUACAGUGCAACUUCGCCCCAGACAUCGUCUGCUGCUGCACCCAAAUCUAGCUCAACGUCGAUUGUUAAGCAGACUUCAUCUGUCAACAUAGCACGCCCUUCGUCCACUGUCAUCUCAAAGCCCAGCUCUACACCAGAUGAGGAGCCGGCAUCACCUACGAACAUCUCACCUUCGUCGACUAAGGCUGCUGCGCCCAUUCCCUCCACGACUAAGGAUACACUACCUGCGGAGUCCACUGGAGUUGAAUCAACCUCUGCAUCAAGCAUCGCUUCUUCUUCCGAUUCCUCUUCCCCUACCACCACGAUCAGGUCCUCCGCAAUCGUUACAAGCCAGUCUUUUUCGGCAGCUACCUCGACUAUUACGUCUGACAUUCAACCCAGCGAGACCGAGACAGGACUGCUCAUGGACACCGUUUCUCCUGUGGUCACUUGCACUCCAAGCUUAACAACUACCGUCUGGGUCCCUGCUGUCUCACAAACUUCAGUCUCCACGACUCUGGUAUCCGUAGCGCCGCCUGCUAACAGCAGCUCACCCAGCUCAAGCGGGUCGACCGAGUUCCAGGGCGCGGCUAUGAGCGUCAGGACGAGUGUUGGUUCGAUUGUAGGCGCAGCGGUUGUUGUGUUGGCUGCUGGGCUGUUGUAGCCUGCUGCCGGUAGCGAGUAGUCAUCACGGCGCAUUUGCCAUUCUCAUCAUGGCCUUUCGGGCUGUUUCAUUAUCUCAAGACAUUUCCUCCUCCACAUGUUAGAUAUCCCACUCCUAGUCUAUACAAUUUUCUAGAUGAGCUCAUCAUUGAUUUCAUCAUUGAUUUCACUAUAUAAACAUGCGAACAUAGAAUUGCCAACUUGACAUGUGUAAUUCAGAUGGGUAGUUAUAACAGCGCUAAUCGUUGUAUGACUGAUGCAAUCUCCAUUUCGACAGAGCAUUGUGUCCUUAUUUAUUCCGGACAAUAUGGGCUCUUCGACUUCGAGACCCACCGUUGC